AUGGCCAAGGUCCAGAUCGCCAAGACUGACAAGUCCACCACCACCGUCGGCUGCACCGUCAUGGCCAAGCCUCAGCCUGAUGGACACAAGAUCGACGAGAACCACACUACUCUCGGCUGCACCGUCAUGGCCAAGCCUAAGGCGCGUCAGCACAAGAUCGACGAGAACCACACUACCCUCGGCUGCACCAUCAUAUGGAUGGGAUUCAAGUCUAUCCCCGAAUGUGUUAUGAAAUAUUCAAUAUUAUUAUUUAUACGCAAUGAUUUCAACGUUUAG